AUGGUGACUACCCAUCGUAUUAGGCCAGGCCCAAUAUUAAUUGACCCAAACAAAGCCCAGAACAGCAUAAAAGGCUGGUUAGAGGAGGGAAUAACCGAAGAGGAGAACCAGCAACAUAACGAACGGGUUGAAGGGAACAAAGGGAAAGAAACUGGGCAAACCAACAUUGCAGAGAGAGUGGGAACGCGUGGAACUCGCAAGCGCGUGAAGCCUCGAUGGAUGCAAGAUAUAAAUAGCAGAAGAAUGAAUUCCAAAAGGUUUAUCCUGAAUGUAAAAGCUUAUUGGCUUGUGGAGUUUUGUAUUGACUCGAACAAUACUCAUUUUAUUAUUGAGCUAUCACUGGUGCUUUCAUUGGUAUCUCGCCUGGAUGAACGAGUGGACCAAUUGCAGUCACCAUUAUCGAAAUCGCCUGGCGGUCACGAACAAGCUAGCAGUGGAAUCGGAUCUCCGUCGGGGCAUCAACCAACAACUACUCUUGAUUCUCGAGAGGUCAACUCUCUACUGAAGGUGUUGCGUGUGAAGGUUCAUCGCUUCGAUGGUACAAAUGUGGAAGACUGGAUUUAUAAAAUCAACAAAUUCUUCGAUUUACACGGGGUCUUACCGGAAGUACGAUUGGCCAUGGUCGCAUUUCACCUUGAGGGAGCUCCUUCGACUUGGUUUCAGUGGAUGGAGAAAGGAGGAGGGUUCUCAAAUUGGGAAUCAUUUAUACGGGCACUGAGGAUGCGUUUCGGAGUCUCUAUUUAUGAUGAUCCUUUAGGGAGAAUUUCAAAGCUGGUCCAGACCGGGAGCGUCUCAUCCUUUCAAAUAGAAUUUGAGUCACUGAUGACUCAAAUCAAAGGAGUUUCAGAACAGUAUUUUCUGAAUUUUUUUGUAUGGGGCUUGAAGAAUGAAAUUCGUAGAGAAUUACUAUUGGCUAAACCCAUUGAUUUAGCCGACGCUAUGGCGAAGGCACAAUUGUUUGAGGAUCGUAAUGAUGAGCUCGUGGGUCGGGUUAGAGGGGAAACCGGACGUUCGAAUUGGUCACCUAAGUUUAUGCAUCCACCAACUCCGGUAACUCAGAAGGGAAUAGGUGUGGGUUCCAGCGGCUCCAACACAAGUACACCGACAACUACGAAGUUUUCAAUGCCGAGCGCCCCUUCCUUGCCAGUUAAAAGGUUAUCACCAGCUGAGAUUAAAGAGAAAAGGGAGAAGGGCUUAUGCUUUACUUGCGACGAGAAAUACAGCUUCGGUCAUAAGUGUAAAAACCGAGUGCUAAUUCUCUGCACACAGGGAGACGAAGAGGAGGACGAGGAUGACGAGACGGGGAAAGUUUUAAUGGACAGUGAUGAUUCUCAAACUGAAGAAGUUAGCCUGAACUCUCUCGCUAACUCAACGGAUCCCAAGAUAUUUCGGAUUCAAGCCUUUCAUGGCAAGGAGCAGUUGGAGGUAUUAAUCGAUACAGGGAGUAAUAAUAAUUUCAUCCAAGAAGCUUUGGCAGCCAGGUUGGGUUUGACUUGUGUGGAAACGAAGAGGUUCAAAGUAUAUAUGGGCAAUGGCAAUUCCUUAUGGUGUUCACAGUUAUGCCGAGGGGUUGAGCUACUCUUACAGGGCCAUCAGUUCACGGUGGAUUUAUAUAUUCUGCCUAUUUGGGGAAUUGAUGUAGUUUUGGGGAUGCAAUGGCUACAGACACUUGGCCCAUGCAUUCAUGAUCACAAGGAGCUUACAAUGGAAUUUCAAUGGCAGGGGUCUAACAUAAAACUCGCUGGAACGUCGAAGUCCGAUGCUCCUCAAUUAUCUAUUACUCAGCUACGUUCUAUGGUACGGGAAGGAGACGUGACUGAAAUGUUUAUGUUGGCAGCAGGCCGUGACAACCAUCAGCAAGCAGUUGGGGAGAUACAGGAGAUCGAGGCCACCUUACCCGAGUUAGCCAAGGGUAUUCUCACAGAAUUUACUGAUGUUUUUGCAGAGCCCACUCAACUACCACCAUAUAGGGGUACAGACCACCGCAUCUGCUUACAACCAGGUACUCAGCCUGUCAAAGUUAGACCCUAUCGUUACCCAUAUUUUCAGAAGGAUGUGAUUGAGAAGUUAGUAGGCGAAAUGACGAGCUAUGGGUUUGUUCGGACAAGUAACAGCCCAUAUUCUUCACCUGUGUUGUUAGUAAAGAAAAAGGACGGGUCAUGGCGUUUUUGUGUGGAUUAUCGAGCGCUAAAUAAUAUAACCAUUAAGGAUCGAUUUCCUAUACCCACUAUUGACGAAUUGUUGGAUGAGUUGGGGGGUGCACAGGUAUUUUCCAAAUUGGACUUGAGAGCGGGUUAUCACCAAAUUCGUAUGGCUCCGCAAGAUAUCCAUAAAACAGCGUUUCGCACGCAUGAAGGUCACUACGAAUUCACCGUCAUGCCAUUUGGACUUACAAAUGCGCCAUCCACCUUCCAAGCAACCAUGAAUCGGGUGUUCAAGCCUCUUUUGCGCCGUUGUGUGAUAGUUUUCUUCGAUGACAUUCUGGUCUACAGCCGCACAUGGGAGGACCACUGCCAACAUUUGAGAAUGGUAUUACAAAUACUGCGUGAUCAUUGUUUGUUUGCUAAAGCUAACAAAUGUAAAUUUUUUCAGCCAACCAUUGAUUAUUUGGGCCAUUUAGUGUCGGCUAAAGGGGUGCAGGCAGAUCCUUCCAAAAUUUCAGCCAUGUUGGAAUGGCCACAACCACGUAACAUCAAACAAUUGAGGGGAUUUCUGGGGCUUACCGGUUAUUACCGCAGAUUUGUUGCACAUUAUGCCUCUAUUGCAGCUCCUUUAACGGAAUUAUUGAAGAAGGAUAGUUUUCAUUGGACCAUUCAAGCAAACACUGCUUUUCAUCAUCUCAAGCAAACAAUGACGGAGACUCCCGUUCUCUCGCUGCCCGAUUUUUCCAAAGAGUUCAUUAUAGAGGCUGAUGCCUCAAGUGUGGGAAAAGGGGCUGUACUCAUGCAACAAGGUCAUCCCAUCGCCUUUUUCAGUAGGAAAUUGGGACCCAAGUUCGCUGGUACUUCAGCGUAUUUUAGGGAACUACGGGCAAUUGUAGAAGCUGUUACAAAGUGGAGACAAUAUUUGUUGGGUAGACAUUUCACCAUUCGCACGGAUCAUAAGAGUCUUAAAGAGCUCCUUACACAGGUCAUUCAAACACCCGAGCAGCAACAAGUCCUUCGGAAACUCAUCGGAUUUCACUUUUCAAUUGAAUAUAAGGCGGGCAAAGAAAACUCAGUAGCUGAUGCUCUUUCUCGGCAACAUGAAGGUUCUUUUUCUCUGUUGGCAGCAGCUGUGUCAUCAGCUUGUUUCGAAUUUUAA